AGAGUUGUCACCGAGCAUCAUAUUAACACCAACCAAUGCUUUCUGAGUAGUUUUUUCUUCAUUGGAAUAGCCUUGUCUUCUACUACACUCCCCCAUGCUCUGAGAUUCUAGUUUACUGAGCUUUUCCAACCCUGCAAUUUUCUCAAAUCUUGGUAAGGAAAUGACAGAAGAUCAUGUUAAUAAGAAGAGAACCUGAACAAUUCAGGGCCAUAUCUGUUAUGUUGCAAUGAGGAUCAAUUAACAGCUAUCUCUAGGCCACUAUUGUCCAUUGUUCUGCUUCAAGGUACAAUCUGAAAGAGAUCACUUGAACCACUACAGCAGUUAUAAUGCAGGCAUCAGAGCAACAUAGAAGUUCAAGCAUGUACUAUCAACCAUUACAACAAAUUGAAGCCUACUGCUUGCCGCAGUAUGGGAACCUUAAUCAACAGCUAUAUUACCAUGGUGGAAGCCAUGGAACUCACUUUUCAACUCCAAGUUCUUCUGAACUUUACUGUACAUUGGAAUCAUCAUCUGUAGCUGGCAGUUUCACCCUUUACAACUCUCCUUCAACUGUUAGUUUCUCACCUAAUGGUAGCCCCAUAUCACAGCAUGACUCUCAGUCAUAUCCACCUGACCAGUAUCAUUCCCCUGAGAAUGCCUACGGCUCUCCAUUGAGUGGCUCCUGCAUAACCGAUGAUUUAAGCAGCUUCAAGCACAAACUGAGAGAGUUGGAAAGUGUAAUGCUUGGCCCUGACUCUGAUAAUCUUGAUAGUUAUGACAGUGCCAUAAGCAAUGGAAACAACUUUGCUUCACCUGAGAUGGACAGCUGGAGACAAACAAUGGUGGCAAUUUCUAGCAAAAACCUGAAGCACAUCCUUGUUGCAUGUGCCAAAGCCAUUGCGGACAAUGAUUUGCUUAUGGCACAGUGGCUGAUGGAUGAACUAAGGCAGAUGGUGUCAGUUUCUGGCGAUCCAAUUCAACGGUUGGGAGCAUACAUGCUGGAAGGACUUGUUGCACGAUUGGCUGCUUCUGGGAGUUCGAUAUACAAAGCUUUAAGAUGCAAAGAACCAGAGAGUGCUGAGCUUCUCUCCUACAUGCACAUACUGUAUGAGGUUUGCCCCUACUUCAAAUUCGGGUACAUGUCUGCAAAUGGAGCCAUUGCAGAAGCUAUGAAAGAUGAAGAAAGGGUGCACAUAAUUGAUUUCCAAAUCGGUCAAGGAAGCCAGUGGAUAACUUUAAUUCAGGCUUUUGCAGCUAGACCUGGAGGGCCACCCCACAUUCGGAUUACAGGUAUUGAUGACUCACAAUCAGCUUAUGCCCGUGGUGGUGGACUGCACAUAGUGGGAAGGAGGUUAUCAAAGCUUGCUGAGCAUUUUAAGGUGCCGUUUGAAUUUCACGCUGCAGCUAUCUCUGGUUGUGAUGUUCAAGUACACAACCUUGGAGUUCGACCGGGGGAAGCUCUGGCUGUGAAUUUUGCAUUCAUGCUACAUCACAUGCCAGAUGAAAGUGUGAGUACACAGAAUCACAGGGAUAGGUUGUUGAGGUUGGUUAGGAGCCUAUCGCCGAAGGUGGUGACACUUGUUGAGCAGGAAUCCAACACAAACACUGCUGCAUUCUUUCCUCGUUUCCUUGAAACUCUGGACUAUUACACAGCAAUGUUUGAGUCAAUAGAUGUUACUCUUCCUAGAGUUCAUAAAGAGAGAAUCAAUGUCGAGCAGCAUUGUUUGGCAAGAGAUUUGGUUAACAUCAUAGCUUGUGAAGGGGUUGAGAGGGUGGAACGGCAUGAAGUACUUGGGAAGUGGAGAUCAAGAUUUGCAAUGGCCGGUUUCACUCCUUACCCUUUGAGUUCACUGGUGAAUGGUACCAUUAAGAAAUUGCUUGAGAACUACAGUAAUAGAUAUAGACUUGAAGAGAGAGAUGGAGCUCUUUAUCUGGGUUGGAUGAAUAGAGAUUUGGUUGCUUCUUGCGCAUGGAAAUGAGACAUGGGUAAUAUGUGACUCCUGCAAGUUUGACAGGGUACAAAGAAGAACCUAUGCCUCUUCAUUUUCUGUUCCAUUACUGUAAAAGUUAAUGAGAAAGUUGUAGACAUUAAAUCCAAUCUAAUAGUCUAUUUUCUUUGUUUCAAGCA